CAGCGCCGGGUAGGAGGAGAGGAAGACAAACAUACAGCCGAUUCCAGACUCUAGAGCUGGAAAAGGAGUUCCUAUUUAACCCCUAUCUGACCAGGAAGAGAAGGAUCGAGGUGUCCCACGCACUAGGACUCACCGAGAGGCAGGUAAAGAUCUGGUUUCAGAACAGGAGGAUGAAAUGGAAAAAAGAGAACAACAAGGACAAAUUCCCCGCUUCCAGACAGGAGGGAAAGGAAGGGGAGGCCAAAAAGGAAGCACAUGAUCUGGAAGAAGACAGAGCUGAAGGCCAGACGAAUUAAUUUUUUCCCCAAAUGUCUUUGUGCAAGUCAAUCAAAUGACCAGGGCUAAAGCCCGACAUCUCGGCUCAUCCACCCCUCUACGUGAUCUGGUCGUGGGACGAGUAACCCCAUGUCCCUUCGGUUGACGUUUCCCUGCUUCGGGUGCUUCACUUGUUUGUGCUUUUAUUUUGUUUAUAAGCGUAUCCAAAACGAUCUCUAGAUCUAACAUUUCAUCAUUAUUUUUUUUCAAAUUUGAUACAGAGUUUGUAGCAAUAAAUUUCUAAUUAUAUAUAAAUAUAUAUAUAUAUAUUUGCAACCUUAAAAGGCGAUGAUUGUGGGAAACGACAUAUACUUCCUAAUAAUAAAGAUCAAUAAGUAAGACAUUUAACAACGCUUUAUUAAUCAAGACAAGUGCACUUGUACUAUUUUAAUUCUUGUUCUUAUCUUCUGUGGAAUAAAUUAAAUAAAUUUAACAAUCUUGAAGAAAAUAUCAUAGGAAUAUAUUUAACCUUCUUCUAUAAUAUUUGAUUAAAAUAAACAGAAUUUA